ACACUUGUCAUUAGUGUUAACCAAUUUUUUUUCUAAAUCAUGUCAAGUUUGAAACUCUUUUCUUUUCUAAAAUUAGCCCCACAAUGUCUCCGCUACUACUCCGAAGCUUCAUUCCUUACUGGAACUUCAUCGCAAUACAUCGAAGACAUGUACAACGCUUGGCUCAAAGACCCUAACAGCGUCCACGUCUCAUGGGACUCCUUUUUUCGCAACACCACACAAGGGCUUUCCCAACCAUACCAUGCCCCUCCAAAUCUAGCACCCUCAAAAGGUGCCUUAAUAUCCCAAGUAGCAGCUGUUGCAAGCGCCCCACAAGCAGCCCCACUUGAUGAACGAACAAUUGAAGAUCAUUUAGCCGUCCAAGCCGUCAUUCGGAGCUACCAAGCUCGGGGUCAUUUAGUCGCAAAAUUAGAUCCUUUGGAAAUUAUGUUUAAUGAUAAAACUACAACGACUGUGUCACAAACCGGCACACCACCGGACGAAAUUCUACGAACAUUCAGACUAGAAAAUUUGGAUAAAGUGUACAAACUGCCAUCGAGUACUUACAUUGGUGCUGAGGGUGAAAAGAAACUUCCUCUUCGUGAGAUUUUACACAGACUGGAGUUGGCUUAUUGCCGCCACAUCGGAGUGGAGUACAUGUACAUAGAUGACUUGGAACAGAGGGAUUUUAUUCGGAGACGAAUGGAAGCUCCGGGUGUUCUCAACCAAACCACAGUUCAGAAAAAACUAACCUUGACUAGACUCAUCCGAACUGUUGAGUUCGAAAACUUCCUAGCCAAAAAAUGGGCUUCGGAAAAACGCUUCGGUAUCGAAGGCUGUGAUAUGUUCAUUCCUGGCCUCGAACAAAUCAUUGACAAAUCGACCGAAUACGGAGUCGACCACUUUUUCCUCGGUUUAAGUCACAGAGGACGCCUCAACACUUUGGCCAACAUCCUUCGCAAACCCUUGUACCAAAUUUUCAACCAAUUCGUACCACUGGAACCCGCAGAUUUGGGUUCCGGUGACGUCAAGUACCACCAUGGCAGUCACACCGAACGCACCAACCAUCUCACUCAAAAACGCUACAAAAUCACGCUGCUUGCAAAUCCGUCCCACUUAGAGAGUGUCAACGCGGUGGUACUUGGACGCACCCGCGCCGAGCAGUUCUACAAAGGGGACGACGAAGGCAAGAAGAGUUUGGCGAUUUUGAUUCACGGAGAUGCUGCCUUCUGUGGCCAAGGAGUCAACUAUGAGAGUUACGGGUUGUCGUAUUUGCCCAACUAUACCACACAUGGCGCCAUUUGUUUCAUUGUAAACAACCAGGUUGGGUUCACCACCGACCCGAGAUUCUCCAGAUCUUCGAGGUACUGCUCCGACUUGGGCAAAGUAGUGAACGCACCGAUCUUUCACGUCAAUGCCGACGACCCCGAGAGUGUCAUCCAUGUUUGCAACAUAGCUGCAGAGUGGAGGGCCAAGUUCCACAAAGACAUAAUCAUUGAUUUAGUCGGGUAUCGCCGUCAUGGGCACAACGAAGCCGACGAGCCCAUGUUCACCCAACCUCUGAUGUACACCAAAAUCAAAAAUAUUGCCUCCAUAGAAACCAAGUAUUCGGAUGAGUUGUUGAAAGAGAAAGUGGUGACGAAAGAGGAAAUCCAACACGUCAAAGAUGAUUACAACAAAUUGUGCGAAAACGAAUACGUGAAAGCGUCCAAACAGACACAAAUUUUUAUCAAAGAUUGGUUGGAUUCGCCUUGGUCCGGCUUCUUCGAAGGUAAAGACCCCCUCAAGGUUAGUCCUACUGGUGUACCGGAAGUAACCCUCGCCCAUAUUGGAAACGUAGUCUCCUCGCCGCCCCCUCCAAACCUGGAUUUCGUGCUCCAUAAAGGCAUUAUUCGGAUUUUAAACCAACGACAAGCCAUGGUCGAGAAACGACAAAUUGACUGGGCUUUGGGCGAGGCUAUGGCGAUUGGUUCUCUUCUCAAAGAGGGAAUCCAUGUCCGCCUCUCCGGCGAAGACGUCGAAAGAGGGACCUUCUCGCACCGCCACCACGUCUACCAUCACCAGACCGUAGACAAGAUGACUUAUCAACCCCUGAGUGAUGUUUUCUCCGACCAAGCGCUCUACAUAGUUUGCAACAGCUCACUUUCCGAGUACGGUGUUCUAGGCUUCGAAGUGGGUUACUCCCUCGCCAGUCCCAACGCCCUCGUCAUUUGGGAAGCCCAAUUUGGGGAUUUCUACAACACGGCGCAAUGUAUCAUGGACCAGUUUCUAUGCUGUGGUCAAGCAAAGUGGAUGCGUCAAAACGGCAUCAUCGUGCUUCUCCCUCAUGGUUUCGACGGUAUGGGUCCUGAGCACUCCAGCGGUCGCCCUGAGCGUUUUCUGCAAAACUGUGACGACGAUCCCGACGUAAUCCCUCCCUUCGAACCGGAUUUUGCAAUCAAGCAACUCCAAGCCUGCAACUGGAUCGUAGCUAACUGUUCCACUCCUGCCAACCUCUUCCACAUCUGGCGGCGACAAGUGGCUCUACAUUUCCGCAAACCUUUGAUGCUUUUCAGCCCCAAGAAUCUCCUAAGACACCCCGAAUGUAAAAGCUCGUUCGAUGAAAUGCUCGAAGGGACCGAAUUCAGAAGAGUCAUUCCUGAAAGUGGGCCUCCAAGUCAAGACCCACAAAACGUCAAGAAACUUAUCCUAUGCACCGGUAAGGUGUAUUACGAUAUCAUGGAAGUUUUCAAAAAGAGAAAUGUCGUGAAAAAGAUUGCUGUUACAAGAAUUGAACAGUUAUCACCGUUUCCCUACGAUUUGCUUAAAGUCGAAUUCGAAAAGUAUCCCAACGCGAAAAUUUGCUGGGCCCAAGAAGAACACAAAAAUGCAGGCCCCUAUUACUACGUGUUGGCGAGGUUGAAUACGUUAUUGAAUAGAGCACGUGAAGUUCAUUACAUAGGAAGAGCUGUUUCGGCUGCCCCUGCUACGGGAACCAAAGCAGUGCAUUUGAAGGAACUUGAAAUGUUGGCAAAUGAAUUUGUGGCGCUUUAAACACUGUAUUUCGUAAAAAUAAAGGUUUUCGUCAUUUGUA